AAACAAUAUCCAUCUGGCGUUUUUUUGUAUGAUAAGAAUUGCCACAUCUUCGUGUAUGGUUAACUGCAUUAUUUAUAAAUUUGAAAAUGGGACUCUCUGGCAGUAAAGAUGAGUCGGAGGACUUCAACACUCCACCAAAGAUUGGAACACAUCGUCGAAUCAUCGAUCAGGAGUUUGAUCCAAGAUCACCCUCAGUGGGAAUAGCAAGGACACCUAUUGUAGUUGAUAAAACCCCAGAGGGAUUGCUAGACCCAAGGUCCCCCACAACAGGAAUCACAAGAACACCCAUUACAACAGUGACUAGUAAACAUGCUGGUGUAACAGAGACACAUGAUCUUGCCCCACUUAUUUUACAUGAUGAGGCAGAUAUAAGAAAAUCAUUGGAAGAAAUGGAGGACACAGACAAAUUAUUGAUGGAUCUGGAGGAAAUCCCAGAUCUAGACAAGCUUGAGAUAACUGAUCUGUUAGAGAAACAAAAGAAAACAACCAAAUCCCUCACCAGUACCACUCUGAAGGACAUUCCUCCACAUAAACUGCCUGCCAGUAAAGAUAAAAAUAAAAUAUUUGAAGAUGCUCCAUCUAGGGUGUCAAAAGGAUCAGCCAAAGUUCCCCAGCCAAAGCAAUUGUUUCCAAGUAAACGAAUGGCGCCUGGCAACAAAGACAAUACUCGUUCACCUCUGGCGACCAGAACACUUGACAUGAACUCCCCGAGAAAAAUAGUGCAACAGAAACAGUCCAAAAACAUUGAAUCACAGAAAGCAAAGAGUUGUGCCCUGGAGGCUGUGACAAUGAGUAUGAAUAAGGAAAAUGUCAAUAUGUGAAAUUCAGUUCAGCCUGAGUCAAGAUGAAUGUGAAAAUUCAGUGAAAGCACACUUUCAGAAGUUUUCAUAGAGAUUUUUGAUCCACUUCAUUACAUUAAUAAUAACGAAGCACAUGUCCUGUGCUGCUUUGCAUUAUGCAUGUAUUUAAAGCAGUCACAUGCCUGUUACUGAUAUUAAUAAUUGCUCAUGCAAAACUAUUGGUAGCUACAAAUGUAAAGUAUAAGCUUCUGUUUUUUUUUUUGUGUGUGUGUAUGUGUGAAUAGAGGCAAGGGAGCAAUUGUGAUGUAAGACAUGACAAGUAAUUGAUGUUUUAACUGUAUUACAAGUAUUACAGUCAAUCAGAUGAUGUGCAUUAGUUGUAUGUAUAUUUGAACUGAAGAGUGUAAACCUAUAUUGUCCUUGAAGUAAAUUUGCUUAAAAACCUUAAUUUAAGAUGCACUGAAAAACAUCUAUCAUUGUUUGUAUAAAAAUAUAAAUGAAAUUUUUAGUUCUUAGAAAUGAUAGAUACUUUAAUGUACAGUACCUUCUAUCAAAAUUA